GCUAAGAAUCAUUAGUACAAGACAAACGAUCACGAUGCCUCCAAAAGUAAGUGGAAAAGCUGCGAAAAAGGCUGGUAAGGCCCAAAAAAAUAUUGCGAAGGGAGACAAGAAGAAGAAGCGCAAGAGGAAGGAGAGCUAUGCCAUUUACAUUUACAAAGUACUGAAACAGGUCCAUCCUGACACUGGCAUCUCUUCUAAGGCCAUGACGAUUAUGAACAGCUUCGUCAAUGACAUUUUCGAGCGCAUUGCUGGAGAAUCUUCUCGUCUCGCCCAUUACAACAAACGUUCUACCAUCACGAGUCGGGAAAUUCAAACUGCUGUUCGCCUUCUGUUGCCCGGAGAGUUGGCCAAGCACGCUGUGUCUGAAGGAACAAAGGCUGUAACCAAGUAUACCAGCACUAAGUAAACAGUCAAUCUUUCUCCCAUUCAAACGGCCCUUUUCAGGGCCAACAACCUUUAGAGAGAUGAGAUAUUUUACUGCUUAUAACACCAACUCUUUCUUACAUUUUCCCUACGAUUUCAACUACGUAACUUAACCAAAAUACUAGCUGAAUGUGUUACAUUCUGUGUUGAUACUUCUACAUUUUAGUGACAGUAGUCAAACUAGACUCGUGUAAUGUUAAUUUCAAUUGAAAAUCGACCAACAAUUACUAGGGAGUGAGUAGUGU